ACUAGGUUCAGCGAGGUGCCGAUCGAUAUCUCUGCAGGUUUGUUCUGAUCUCGGCGGGUUGGAUUUGGGGAUUAUUUCUAGGGUUUGCAGACGAUGUUUACCACGGGAACCAGAGCGGUUCCCCAUGCCGUUCCUUUCGUGAGGUUGCUGGAUCGAAGCGCAGCAUUCUCCUCAUGCUCCAAACUGUUCGUUGGAGGUCUGUCCUAUGACACCAACGAAAUCGCUCUGAAGGAUGCAUUCUCCCAGCAUGGUGAUGUUGUCCAAGUGAAAGUUAUCUGCCAUCCGUUGACGGGGAGAUCCAAAGGAUACGGGUUCGUCAAGUUCUCUUCAGAGGUUGAAGCAGCUGCAGCAUUGGAGAAGAUGAGCCACGAGGUGCUUGAUGGAAGGAACAUACGGCUGCACUAUGCAAACCACGGAUGAUCUGCUGCUGGUGAUGAUAACAUGAGUAAGUUCUCCUAUGCAGGUACAAGCUGCCAAUCAGAGAUGCUGAUGAAGAAGAUGAUGAUGCUAGAGAUUUGGUUGGCAAGUGUGCUGAUAUGGCUAUGCAGUCAUAAGGGUUUACUGAAGCAUGUACCGAUUGAGAGAUCAAAUCUUAUUGGGAAACAUUAUGCCGUGGACUCCACUGUAUCAUUUUGCUGAGAUGACAUUUUACUUAAGUUGUAUAAAAUCUUAUCAAGUAUGCCGAAUCAUCCUGCUUGCUGACUGCAAUUGCAGCCCAUUAUUCUUGUCAAAUUCGUGCAA